GGGAAAUCCAAAAUGGCUGUCGUUUUGUGCCGAAAAUGCUUCAGACGAGUACCUGGUUUAUUCAAGAUCGCUGGCAAACCUGGGUAUAAUUGUUUGAUUAGUCAGUCUGCUCAAGAAGAAGCUGACCACUUUGAUCCAUCCACAGAAUAUUCACCAGAACUGAAAGAAGAGAAACUUAAAGUACUCAAGGCCUUAGCAUCCACUAUUAAAUAUGUACCAAAUGCUCCAAUCCAUGGAUUCUUUGAAGAUCCGUUUCUGAUGCCCAGAAGCAGUAUUCGUAAGAACGAAUUUGCCAAGGCAAGAGAGGAGGGAAAGAAAGCUGCAGAAUAUAUCAUCAAAACAUAUCCUCAUCUUUUUCCUCUGAGAAAACCUGAACCUGCAUGGCCAAAGGAAUUAUCUUUAGAUGUGAAAGGCAAUGAUGAAAGAACCCUUCAAGAUCUCAUAGCAUUGAAACAAAUUGAGAAGGCCAUUCGUUUAUAUGAACAACUUGUUGCAAAAGGGGAAUCAGUUUCCCUUGAUUGUGAAAACAGCCUCUUGGAGCUGACUGGAUAUUACGGGUUCCAGCGGUCUGACGCUGACAGCAAAUCGUCAAAGGACUCACCCUACAAUGAGACUAUCGAAAGACAGAAGUGGAGUUCAAAAAACUUUGCACAUCAGUUGUUUAAACGAAUGUCGAACAAAAAUGGCAGAAGUUACGAGGCUAUGAUCUUAUCCUUGCUGAAGUUUCAAAGCAAAAAGCUCGCAUUGGAAAUAUUUGAUGAAAUGAAAGAGAAAGGUUUUAAAGGGAGCGUGUUUUUGUACAACCGAUUGAUAGAGAGUUCUGAGCAGCUUUGCUCGGACGAAACUGAUCCGUGGACAUUUUCCCAGGACAUCGUGAAACAUCUGAAUUCUGAACCGGCAGUUAGACCAAAUUUAGGUACAUUCACUAGCUUGUUGAAGAUAUGCGCAGUCCAUUCUCCCAGUGCGUACGAAGAUUCAACGAAAAUAUUGAGAGAGAUGUAUAGCCUUGGAAUAGAGCCGUCUUUGGGAUGUUACACUCACCUUCUUGAAGCAGCAGAAAGAAAUGGCAAGGGUCAUGCAGCCGUCAAUAAUAUCGUCCGUCAUUUGAAAUCGCUGGAUCACCAAUUUACUCCCGAAAAUACCGCUGACUACGAUUUCUUUGUAACGGCCAUGGCGACGGCCAGACAUUUCCGAGACGGUGUGACGGCAAUGGAGCUCUUUCAACUGUCCGAAACAAGCCAUUUCAAACAAUUCCUCGGACCCAGAUCUCUCUCAUUCUAUGGUAAUCUUUUGUGCUCACUUGCCCUCUCUGAACACGCCAGUAAAGUUAUGAACGCCUAUCAACAGUUAGUACCAAAGUACUUUGUGCCUCGAGAGUGGAUAUACGUGGAACUGUUACGUUGCCUUGAAAAAAGCAAGCAACCUCAAACAGCUAUAGAAUUAUACAACGAUAUGAAGCAGUAUCGAGUGAAUAUGACCGUGCACACGUGUCGAAGUUUUGUCUCUUGUUUCAGCGUCAAACUUGCAAAGAAGGAUUUACCUGAAUACAUUACAAUCAUGGAGGAGAUAUUUAACUGGAUGGAAUUCUUUGACAUAGAGAUGGAUAAUUUUAUGAUGAGUCAAAUGAUUCGGUUAUACUGUCUCAAUGGACAAUUGGAUAUGGCCUGGAUGAAUAUGGAAAAGUUUUCUGGAAAAAAUUUUAUACCAAUGUUUGCAGCUCUGUCCUCGUUACUACAAGGAACUCUUGUAACAAAAGAAAAAGAAAAGACAAAGAAAGUGUUUGAAAUGAUGGCUGCCCAAGGAUAUCGACUAAAUGCUAGCUUACGCAACUCGUACUACAGAGAUCUCAACUUUACUGCUGAAGAAUGCUACAAAAUAGACCAAUUGUUCGCAAAUCUUCCUAGCCGAGUUUCAACUGACUAAAAAAAUCGCCGUUGAUUGACGGUUCAAGCUUCAAGAAAUUCUACUCGUGUGGCCCUGCUGUUUAUUUUCUAUGCUGUGUUUUGGUAACAAGAUGCACGCGACCAAAAUAUUGAGACGCUGUGUUUUUUUACGCGUGAGAAGAAUUUGCCAGCAUUAUUUUAAAUUCUAUGCAAUUUACGUAUAGCAUUUAAACGUUACUUCGACUGAAGAUGUUAAUUUGUGAACGCGAUUAUGUGAAUCACAAGAGAAAGGAAUAAAGAAAGUUUUCUUGUAUUUUUUUAAAGCGAAAUCUGUCAAUGUUGAUAUCAGUUCGACGUGUCUUGAACUAUGUCGGUAUUAAUAUUCAUCUCAGCUGGGUCACAUUUUGCGAACAAUUACCGCUAUAGCCUAACUUUGAACGAGAUUCAGGCUCACAGCUAGAAUAGGAAACCUAAAAUACGUUUUAAAACGAAGAAACUAAUUAACACUAAAGCCUGAAAAUCUAGUUCAAAACAUUAAAAAUUUCAGCGCCACCACUUGGCGAGCUUGCAGAAAAGCGCGCGAAAUUUGAAUCUUCCCCAACUAAUGAACUUGUGCAAAUUUGCCUUUAUCGUAACAACAAAACAAAGAGAAAGUCCGUUAACUUACUAAACUAACGAUGAAAAAAGCAUUAACAACGCCGAGAAGCCGAAUAAACGACACAAAGCCAUCUUUAACAAGGAUAUUUACUAUUUCAAAAUUUGUCAAUUCGCUAGUUGUGUGUUUGCAUGUUUUGGCUGUCGUAAAGACUAAAGUGCUCGCUAAAUCUUUUCAGUUCUUUUUCGUUUAUCAUAAUAGAAAGCUAUUGAGUUAGUUCUGUACCGUAUACACAAAGUAUCGUGACCUCGGUUUAAAUACUGUGAUAUAUUGCUAUAUACAAUAUAAUACAAUACAACAUCAAUAAAAGUUAUUAUACAUUCAUGUACAGCACAAUUGUACAGCACCUGUAAACAUUCAAAUUAUAUCAUUAUAUACAGACUAAGAAAAUGUUAGUGACAGCACUGCAUCUUGCCAAUCUCGAAAUAUUGAUUUAAACUUAAUAACACGUAAUUACGCAUAAAUAUUAGCUUCUAAGGAAAGACAGUUUUUCCUGUGAAAUUACCUGAGAAGCGGGAAACACUUCAUGCACGAAAUGAAACUCGCACGCACGCGGCAAUAUUGAUUCGAGAAACUCUUCCUGUAUAUUAAAUACAUAGGCUAAUUAAUACUCGAUAUAUUACGACAAUAGAAUAUCAUAAAGGAUGAGCAUUGUUUAACUGUUAACACUCUGUUAAAAUUCAAAACUCGUCAUUGUUAAACUGUUAAACUAUAUUCGCAAUUCGUAACUACAUAAAUAAAUCGUGAUUGAAGCGAAUGUUUAUAAGAACGGUGAAGAAACUUUAAAGCAUUAAAUCAACUAUUAUAUUCAUUGAUAUAAAGAUUUAUAUCACGAAGCAAAGUCAGAACCUACCGAGUUCAAUUUUGUGUUGUUCAACAAAGCACUGGAGAGAUAUCGCCGUACAGUUGGGUC